AUACCCAUAGCUAACCCGCACAGAGUCAGCACGCCUUAAAUUGUGCUGAAUUUGGAGACUAAAAUCUGUCUCUUGAUUGGUUUAUUGCCGUUGUGCUGACUAACGAGCCGCCGUUUUUGCUGAAAUAUUCCAGCGGUGUUGUGCGAAAUUCAGCACAGAUUGAGAUUGUUGAUAGCUGAGGUUUUAUCUUUGAGCUUCAAAACCAACGAUUUAAUGAGAAGCAUGGCAUCUUUCACUGAUCGAGUCGAAGAUGCUUUUACGAGGAAAGAUGAGACUUUUAUGGCUCAACUCUACGGAGAGAUGUUGGAUUGCCUGAAAGUCAACAGCAUUGUUACCAACGAUAAUUUGUUGGAUCGUCUCGGUGUUGAUAUUUUCCGAAAUAUCAAUGCCGAAUUUUACAUACCGCAGAGUGCCAAGACAAAGAACACAAAUUUGGUUGCCUUAAGAUCUGCUACAAAUGGCAACUGCCUCUAUAGUUCAUUGUCAAUUCUGCUUGUUGGUGACAACUCUGUGGUGACUAUUUUGAGGCUCAUGACCUCUAUAGAAUUAUUUUUAUAUGCUGAUUAUUAUGCAAAACAUCCAUGUUUUUCAAAUCUUUUUGAAACUCAGCAUAACAAACACUUUGAUUCCAUCUCAAGCAUGGUGGCCAUGUCAGUCUCUUUUGAAGCUUUUGAUAGUGCUGGAAGUGGUGGUUCUAUUGCUGAUUUUGUCAGUGCAGUAGCUGUGUUAAAUGCAAAAGAUAUGGCAUGGACUGGGUUUGUUUGUUUGUUGGCACUCUCUUCAGUUACAUCCUGUAGCAUUUUUUCUUAUUAUCUUGACAUAUACUCUAGUGCUUAUAGGUGGAAUUUAUUAUUUAACCAAAGAAUUGAACCUCGAAUUCGAUCUAGAGCUUGUGCUUCCACUAGUAAUUAUUUGCUAGUUUUGUUUUGCUUUGAAGGUUCAGCUCCUCAAGCAACUGCAUUCAAACACAAUCACUAUGUGCCUUUGAUACUUGGAGGGAAGGGAACUAAAAGAAAGGGAAGUAGUCACUCGUCACAAGCUAAAAAGACCAGUAUACAAACAAAGUUGAGGUUUACACCUUCUGGUCCUACUGAGACAACCAUGAAAACUAAGGCUCAUCCAUAUGGUAUAUCUCACAGUAGCGCUUUGGGUUCUUGUGAUGCUUCUUUUAUUUCAUCUUCUACCUUGCAAUUACCAGAUAAUAAAACUGCAAAUGCUGAUUUGCCUAGAAAUCCAUAUGAUGUUGGUUUUUAUAGAGAAAAGGUGAGAGGUAUGGAAAUUCAUGAAAUUGAAAAACUUGUGAAGAAUGUAUUCGUACCUGAUGAAUGCUAUGAAUUUCCUAAAACUGUUGAUGCAAAUGGUCGCAGUAGGUCCUUUCGACAUGAUUGGCUGAAGGAUUAUCUUUGGCUUUCGUAUUCUCCAAGUCUUAAUGGUGCUUUUUGCUUACCAUGUGUUUUGUUUGGUGAUAGGUUUCCCAUUAACACAUUGGCCUGAUGCUAAAAGUGCAAUAAAAAGGCAUAUAAGUACAUCAUCAGGUCUUCAUGUUCACACUUCGGCUCUUCUUAAGGAUAUCUUGGAUCAGAGUUCCGGUAAAAGCCAGCCAAUAAAUGUCAUGAUUGACAGUAACUUAAAGAAAAA